GUUCCAUUCUUUAGUGUACCUUAUCGCCGAAGUGUUUUUAUAGCCACAGUAUGUCACACAUUUCAAAAUGUUGUAUCGCUACCCAGUUAUGUGCUGCUGAUUAUCGUACUUCAUCUUAAUAAGUUUAAGCCUUCUUUUGCACGUCAUUUUCUGCUGGCCAGAAAUACGUGGUGUUAACCUGAUGUUUAACGAAAUGUCUACGACAACACUGUUGAUAAUCGUUCCACUCUUGGUGGUCAACUUCCUCUUUAUUGCUGUGGCCAUCUCGCCACGACAAAUAGUUGAAAGGAAACCCAUUUCAGAAGAUGCUUGGGCCUCUUUAAACUCCUACCGUGAAUCGGAAGCUCGUCAUUACCUGACCGAGGAGAUAGCGCAUAUUCAAAGAAUUCGGCACGAAUUGGAGCGUCUCCUUGAUUCUUUCCUUUUACUCAACACCACGUGUGGUAUGUGUCCUCCUGGGCCGCCUGGGCCACCCGGUCCACCAGGGCCACCUACACGAGUACGAAGAGAAGCGAAUGUUCAUCGCGGAGGAGGUUACCAAGGAGGAGGUGGGGGUUACGGUGGAGGUGGCGGAGGUUAUGGUGGAAGUAGCGGAGGCUAUGGCGGAGGUGGCGGAAGCCAGAAAGGAAAAGGCGGAAGCAGCAAAGGAAAAGGUGGAGGUGGUGGGGGUUCACCCGGUCCUCCGGGCCCACCUGGACCUCCAGGUCCACCUGGUAGAAACGGUCACGACGGAGAAAAAGGGGAUCCUGGUGAAGACGGGCAUCCUGGAUCAAAAGGCCCGCCAGGUGAAAAAGGACCACCAGGCAAAGAUGGGUCUCCCGGACCCAAAGGGCCAACAGGAGAAAAAGGCCAUGACGGCAAAGACGGAUCUCCCGGAGAACCAGGCCCCAAAGGGCCUAAAGGAGAUCCUGGUUUUCCUGGAUUUCCUGGUAAAGGUGGACUUCCAGGAUUGGACGGAAAGCCUGGCGAUAAGGGAGAAGAUGGCACUCCUGGAGAACCUGGCCCACAAGGACCCAAAGGAGAAGAAGGGGCCAAGGGAAGUCCCGGGGACGCGGGACCUACAGGACCAGAGGGACCCAGCGGACAUCCAGGAAAGGAUGGUUCUCCAGGCGAAAAAGGCUCUACGGGCGAAACGGGACCAACCGGACCAGUUGGUCCGAGUGGCACCGACGGCAAAGACGGAACACCGGGAGAAAAAGGUUCAACAGGCGAAACAGGUCUACCAGGGAAAGACGGAUCCGCAGGGCCUAUAGGGCCCCCUGGCGAAAAAGGUGAACCUGGAGACGCUGGAGCUGUUGGUUUGGCCGGACUUCCAGGCGAUCCCGGAAAAGCUGGCUGGCCUGGUCCACCAGGUCCAGCUGGGCCCAAAGGAGAUACCGGAAACGACGGGCCUGCAGGUAAAGAAGGCUCUAUAGGGCCAGAAGGUCCAGCCGGUCCGACGGGGCCUCCCGGGUCACCUGGUCAAGAUGGACAAGACGGCCAACCAGGCUCAAUGGGUGCUCCAGGUGCCGCCGGACAACCAGGGCCUGCCGGUCCGCAAGGUAAGACUGGGCCGCCUGGUUUUACUGGGGAUCCUGGACACCCAGGCCAAAUAGGACAUAUCGGUCCUAUAGGGCCUGCAGGACCCCAAGGAAAAGCGGGCCCGGUAGGUCCACCAGGCAAAGCAGGUCCAGAGGGAAAGAUUGGACCUAAAGGCCCACCUGGGAAAGCAGGUAAAGAUGGAUCACCAGGACCUCCCGGCCGGCCUGGAGAACGUGGCCCACCUGGAUCAGGAGGAAAAGCAGGACCAUCAACGUCAGGCAAUUACGUACAAUAUCGAACACCAAACGACAAGAGCAAUUCCGGGGGCAAGCAAACCUCAUCUGGAACUUCUGGGCCAUUUGCUUCUUCGUACAGUUUACCCCAAGGCGGAAAACGUUCUCCUGUUCCAGGACAGACGUAUUCUGCUGGAUCGGUCUCACAAAGCAACGCGUCUCAACAGAAAAACCCAAAGCGCCAAGUACUACCGUCAAAUCAAACAUCACGCCGUUCGCCGGAGGGUUUGGAACUUCCAUCUCAUUUGUAGACUUCUGGAAAUAGCCCAGUUUGCUUUCAAAUUUCAUUAUUUUCGCCAGUGCAAUUAUUCCGCAAACUUUCCUCAAAAAGCGGGCUUGUGCCAAGGCGUGUGAAAUGUUAAAGCUUUCAACUAGAUCAGUUAUACC